AUGGAUGGAAAAGAUGAUGAGUACGACAUGUGUAAAAGGCCAAACCUGAAAGUGCACAUCAACACCACCAGCGACUCCAUCCUCUUGAAGUUCCUGCGUCCAAGUCCAAAUGUAAAGCUGGAAGGUUUUCUCCUGGGAUAUGGCAGCAAUGUGUCCCCAAACCAAUACUUCCCUCUUCCCACAGAAGGGAAAGUCACCGAGGCUGUAGUAGAUGCGGAACCGAAGUAUCUGAUAGUUGUGCGACCCGCUCCUCCUCCCAGCCAGAAGAAGUCAUGUUCAGGUAAAUCUCGCUCUCGAAAACCUCUCCAGCUUGUGGUUGGUACAUUGUCCCCAAGCUCAGUCUUCCUGUCCUGGGGUUUCCUCAUCAAUCCGCACCAUGACUGGACGUUGCCAAGUCACUGUCCCAAUGACAGAUUCUAUACAAUUCGAUAUAGAGAAAAAGAUAAAGAGAAGAAAUGGAUUUUUCAACUCUGUCCAGCCACUGAAACAAUCGUGGAAAAUCUCAAGCCCAACACAGUUUAUGAAUUUGGAGUGAAAGACAACAUAGAAGGUGGAAUUUGGAGCAAGAUUUUCAACCAUAAGACUAUCGUUGGAAGUAAAAACAAAGUAAACGGGAAAAUCCAAAGCACGUAUGACCAAGUCCACACAGUGCCAGCAUACGUUCCAAGGAAGCUAAUCCCAAUAACAAUCAUCAAACAAGUGAUUCAGAAUGUUACCCACAGGGCUUCAACUAAAGCCCCAGACAAGACUCCUUUUGGAGGAACAAUACUAGUUCAUCUUAUUAUUCCGGGUCUUAAUGAUUCCAUGGGAAAACUCCCCUCGUCCAUAAUGCUUGAGAUUUCGGAUGCUCUCAAGACACAAUUAGCCAAGAAUGAAACAUUGGCAUUACCAGCCGAAUCUAAAACGCCUGAGGUUGAAAAAGUUGCAGCCCAGCCAGUAACAGUGACUCCAGAAACCAUUUCAAGAGGCAUUAAACCCACAAUGUCUGGCAUGUUAGACACUGCAGAGACGGCACUGGUCCUCAGUGAGAAGACCCCAGAAGCAGCACACUCUGUUCUAAUACCUGAGUCUGAAUUGCCUUUGAGCACUCUAGCUCCAAAAAGAUUCCCAGAGAUUCCCAAGACAAAAGCAUCAGCCUUCCCUUCAGAGAAACCAGGGGAUAGCUUGGUUUCAAGUGAAGAACAGUGGGUGUCACCUGAAGCUAAAGCAUCUGAAGAUUCCAAAUUUGUACAGCCUCAAACUGCAAGUCACGAUGUUCUCUCAAGCCCAACAACUUCAGAUGAGACUGAAGUAGAGCCCCACACAGCAACAAGUGAUACUACUCUGGACUCUGUCCCACCUAAAACUUCUAGAACUCCUGAACAGCCAAGGGCAACACUGGCUCCAAGCAAAGCAUCAUUUGAUCCUCAAAGUGUGAAAAUCUUCACCAGUCCUGACGGACAGCCUACAACAGCUGCUCUCCAGCAAACUACAUCUAUCCCCACCACACCUAAACGUCGCCAACCUGCCCCAGAACCUGAGACUCUGCCAUCGGCACAGUCAACAAAGGCUCCACCAAAGACCAAAAGGCCAGGCCACCGCCACCGUCCUAAAACCACACGUAGUCCAGAAGUACUUAAGUCCAAACCGGCUCUGGAACCUGCCACUGUACCACCACUGGAGCCCUUGGUACCCACAAUUGUUGCUACCACAGACAUUGAACCUGUAAUUAUGAGAACCAAGGCUCCAGUGACAACAUUAGCCCCCAAAACAACACGACCAAGACCUCGCCGCCCACGCCCUCCUAAAGAUAAGUCCACCCCAAGCCCAAAGACACCUCAGACUAAACCAGCAGACUUGAGACCUAUCACUUCUGAGCCAUCUUUAGCUUCAACAACCACAAAAAAAGUCCGCCGCCCACGUCCCAAACCUAAAACCACACCCCAUCCAGAAGUACCUCAGACUGUAUUGGUUCCUGCUACAACCCUUGAACCAGUUAUUAGAACUGAGGCUCCAGGGAUGACCUUAGCUCCCAAACUGCCUCAACAACCAAGCCAUCCACAUCCCAAACCUAAAACUACAAGGCGUCCGGCAACACCUCAGACAGAACCGGCUAGCAAAUUGUCACAAAGAACCCACCGCCCACGACCCAGACCUAAAACCACAGUGAGCCCUCAAGCACCUCAGAUGAAACCUGUCCUGGAACCUGUCACUCUUAGACCUGAGGCCCCAGUAACAACACUAGCUACCAAAACAUCACAACGAAAACCUCACCCACAUCCCCAACAAAAGCCUCUAACAAUACCUGAAGUACCCGAGUCCAAACCAGUUCCUACAACAGAACUCGAACCUGUGACACUCAGAACUCAGACUUGGGUGACAACAACAGCUCCUAAAACAUCAAAACAGACCCGCCGUCCACGCCCCAAACCUAAAACCACACAAGCUCCUGAGGCUCCUCUAACUAAACCUGUUGCUGCUACAGAUCUUGAACCCAGUGCUCUUAGAACUGAAGGCCCUGUGACUGUGGUUCUUGCUACAACCCUUGAACCUGUCACUCUUAGAACCAAAGCUCCUGAAACAACAACACUAGCUCCCAAAAUACAGAGGACACGCCAUCCACGUCCCAGACCUAAAACCACAGCAAGUACUGAUAUGUCUGAGUCCAAGUCGGCUCCCACUGAACUGCAAACUCUUGUUUUGAUACCAGUGACUCCACCGAGCCUAGAAAUGACACAAAGUCAAUCUGCACCAGCUGAAACAGAUUAUGUAGAUACCACAACCAAAGAACCUCUCAGGCCAGAGGAGCCAAGGACAGAAGUUAUGGAGUCUCUUACAUAUGUGUCUGAGCUUCCUGAGACCACACUAGAAACAUCAUCUCUGCCUUCCCAAACUAUAAUCCUACCCAGACCAGAUGAGCCUCAGACUGAACCUGCUCCCAGGCAGACACCCCGUCCUCCUGCCAAGCUCAAAACAACACCACACCCAAGAAUUCCACCACAACCACCAGUUCCUAGGGGAUCCCAGCAUACAACUUCGAAGCCAAAACUGCCACCAAGUCCUGGAGUGACAGACACUACCUCUGUUCCAAAGGAUGAACAACUUUCCCAUAAAACAGACCCCGAGAUCUCUCACAGAGAAACUGUUCUGCCUCCUGUUACCUUUGGAGCUGAGCCACCAAAGACAACUGUAGCACCUUUAGAGACAUGGAGCAUUCCUUUCAUACCUGUGACAUCACCACGGCCUAGUCAAGAGGAAUUACAUACCGCCCUGGAAGAAACAGACCAGUCUACCCAAGAGCUGUUCACAACUAAGAUUCCACGAACGACAGAAGUGGCAAAGACAACUCAGGCCCCACACAGAUUGCACACGACUCCUGUGAGGCCCAGAAUACCUGACAGAGCACAUGCCAGGCCUGUUCUGAACAAAACAACCACAAGACCUAGUAAAACCAAACCCAAAGUGAUACCCCAUGGAAACGGAGUGGGAACAGGAACCAAGCAAGCACCUAAGCCAUCAAGUACUGGGAGAAAUAUGUCAGUGGACUCACGUGCCACAAAAAACCCGGCCACAAUCCCAGGGACUCGUCGCAUAUCCAUUCCACCUCGACCUAUGCCCCCUAGACCUAUGCCUCCACAGAGAAAACCUUUACCACCAAAUAACGUCACCGGGAAGCCAGGAAGUGCAGGAAUCAUUUCCUCGAGCAGAGCAACUUCCCCACCCCUAAAGGCAACACUCAAGCCUACUGGAACAGCUGCAGAGAGACCAGAGGCAGAAAAAAAGUAUCCAACCACUCCUUCUUCUGAAGAAGAAAUUGGUACUAUGACUGAUUUUAGUUCAAGCCCAACAAGAGAGACUGAUCAUCUCGGGAAGCCCAGAUUUGUAGGCCCUCAUGUGCGAUAUAUCCCGAAGCCUGAUAACAGGCCCUGUUCCAUCACUGACUCAGUCAGACGGUUCCCGACAGAGGAAGCUGCAGAGGGGAAUGCCACCAGCCCACCACAGAACCCACCCACCAACCUCACUGUGGUCACCGUGGAAGGCUGCCCCUCAUUUGUCAUCUUGAACUGGGAAAAGCCACCAAAUGAUACUGUCACUGAAUACGAAGUCAUAUCCAGAGAAAAUGGGUCAUUCAGUGGGAAGAACAAGUCCAUUCAAAUUACAAAUCAAACCUUUUCUACAGUAGAAAAUCUGAAACCAGAUACAAGCUAUGAAUUCCAGGUGAAACCCAAAAAUCCACUUGGUGAAGGCCCUGCCAGCAACACGGUGGCAUUCAGUACUGAAUCAGCGGACCCAAGAGUGAGCGAACCGAUUUCUGCGGGAAGAGAUGCCAUCUGGACCGAAAGACCCUUUAAUUCAGACUCUUACUCAGAAUGUAAAGGCAAACAAUAUGUUAAAAGAACAUGGUAUAAGAAAUUUGUCGGCGUACAGCUAUGUAAUUCUCUCAGAUACAAGAUUUAUUUAAGUGACUCCCUCACAGGCAAGUUUUACAACAUAGGAGAUCAGAGAGGCCACGGAGAAGAUCACUGCCAGUUUGUGGACUCAUUCUUAGAUGGCCGCACAGGACAGCAACUCGCCUCCGACCAGUUACCUACCAAAGAAGGCUAUUUCAGAGCUGUUCGCCAAGAACCUGUCCAAUUUGGAGAAAUAGGUGGUCAUACCCAAAUCAAUUAUGUCCAGUGGUAUGAAUGUGGGACCACAAUACCUGGAAAAUGGUAGAUACAGGAAUAUUAUUUCUAUACUUCUGGUUCAUUAUCGCAAAAAAGAAAGAACUCGUUGGAAAUACUAUGGUAUUUGUCACACCUAUUCAAAGCUAUUUUGUUUACUGUGUAUAAAAGUUUGCAGUCUGAUAGCAAUACUAAGAUGUUUAUUAUUAGGAAAGAUUACUGAGAAUAUUUAUCAGGUUUUACAAAGUCAUUUUAAGAAAGCAAGAUAUUAACAUUAAUAGAAUAACAUUUUUAGGGAAGCUGGCUCCCUAUUCAUGAUAUUUUAAGAGAUCAUUUGUAUAUUAUUUAUCACACUGUUGUAAUGUUUUCAGAUACUAUUAAUGUCGGAAAUCUUUAAUAUGCUUUAUAAAAAGUACUUACUUUAUUGAUAUGUACGUGUGUUGUUGGUGAAUUAAUUCCAUAAAUCUUUACUUGGUUUAACUUAUUGGAUCAAAUAGUCUUCAGUAUAUACAUGUGAGACAAAGUGUUCUAGUAUUUACAUUUAUGUAAGCUUUUAGCAUCAGAAUAACAGAUUUUGAGUUUAAAUAGUAUUCAUGCUAACUUUUCCAUAAGCUACCA